AUGGCUUACUCCGCCGAUGUAAACUCCACCGUAUCCACUGCUGCUGGUGCUAGUGCUAGUACUAGUACUACGGCUGCGGGCACUCCUACUAUGAAUAUACCCGACGGCUUCACGAUUCAUUCCGAAAACACGGCCAAGAUUCUGUUGCCCUCGGAGGCAACCGCAUUUCUGAACCCGAUCCAGGAAUUCAAUCGGGACUUGAGCGUUGCCUGUAUUACUGCGUGGUCUAGACGAUGGGACCAAGCCAAGCGGGCGAGGUGGGAACAGGCGGGUGCGAAGAGGGAGCGCAGCAAGAAGAGAAAAAGAGUGAGUCACUAUGCGGGUGAAGUUGAGAAGAAGGACGGGGCCAAGGAUGAGCAAGUCGGAAGAAGAGCAAAACUGGCCGUGGAUCCCGUACGGCCCACCGCUGGACCCACCGACGAGAAGCUUGAGCCUGAGCCCGAACCCGAACCUGAACCCGAACCCGAACCCCAGACGACCAACGGGAACGGCGAGGAGAAACGAAAAGAGUACGUCGCACCCAAGUUUGUGAUCCUCGAAGCACUCUCUGCAACAGGGUUGCGCGCGAUUCGGUAUGCGCAUGAGAUCCCGCUCGUCAAAUAUGUGAUUGCGAAUGACAUUUUGCCCGCGGCGACUGAAGCUAUGCGACGGAACGUUGAGCUCAACGGGCUAGGCCCUGCCUCUGCAAGCGAGGAAUCCGGUCCGGUCAAGACCGGUAAGAAAGCCGGUCUGGGAAAGGUGCGGGUCAGCGAGAUGGAUGCCAUACUGGACGAGAGAGAAGGCGGGGCAGGGGGAGAGAGAGGGAAGAAGAAACUGGCUAAACGGGCAAUAAACAGUGCGCUAUUGUACAAUCAUCGUGCCGACCAUUCUCGGGUGGAAGUUGUCGACCUGGACCCGUACGGAACCGCCGCACCGUUUAUUGAUGGCGCGGUGCAAGCUGUUGCAGACGGAGGUUUGCUGUGCGUAACGUGCACCGAUAUGGCGGUGCUGGCGAGCAACAAUUAUCCUGAGAAAUGCUAUGCGAACUAUGGUGGUGUCCCGGUCAAGGCGGAGUUCAGCCAUGAGGCGGCAAGUCCCUGGCACUUCGUUUGGUUCUACAUACACUUGCAACAUCGGCCGCACGGUAUGGGCGAUACAUUACUCCGCUCGUCUCCCUGUCUAUCGAUUUUUACGUGCGCGUGUUUGUACAAGUCCGAAGCGCACCUAUCGAAGUCAAAAAGGCAUUUAGCCAAUCCGCCACUUACUACGUGUGCUCCGGUGCCAAUCCCCCACGAACAAACCCUUGGCCGGAUCGUCGAAAAGCCCGGAACGAACAAUCUCACGUACAAGGCUCAGUCGGGUCCACCCAUCGGCCCAGAAUGUGACGAAUGUGGCUUCAAGUUCCAUGUCGCUGGUCCGAUGUGGAGUGGACCAAUACAUGACAAGACGUUUGUGAACGAAGUGCUCAAGCAUAUUGAGGAGAAUCCUGGAAAAUAUGGGACGGAACAGAGGAUGAAGGGGAUGUUGACUGUGGCUAGCGAACUGUCGGGUUUCUUCCAUUGCAAUUCGCCCCCUCUGGAACAUGUUGCGUCGGCCCUGUUGCAUAAAGGAUACGAGAUAUCCAGGUCUCAUGCGUGUGCCGGGUCCCUCAAAACCACUGCCACCCGCGCUCAGGUCUACGAUAUUAUUCGGUCAUGGGUCAAAUUGAACCCGGUCAAAAUGGAGAACGUCAAGGAUGGUUCUCCCACUAAAAAGCUGCUAUCAAAAGAGCCCACUGAAGAGGCCAAUUUCUCCAGGCACCCACAAGCAAUUUCACGAGCCUCACAAAUCAAGCUCGUACGAUACCAGCAAAAUCCUGCACCCAAUUGGGGUCCUGGUUCGCGUCCCAAUGCGAGCAAACGAAAACGGGAAGACGGCGCGGAAGCAUAA